AGAAGAAGUAAACCCGCGAUACGCAAGUCAAGGACCAUGAUAAGAAAUUUCUAAUUUAUAACAGAAGGUUUUUCCUGAUAUAUAUAAAUUAUUUUUGCAUGAAUAAAACAUAUCUACGACACAAUGUGUACUUAUACAAAAACGCGCGAGGCGUUAUAACACGACAAACAACCCGAAGUUUAAAUGUUUUACUCUCGUUAGCUAGUUCGUUGUUUGAGAACAAAGUCUACGAAAAUGGAGGAAAUCGUUAUGGAAUCGGAAUCGGACGAGAUUUCGGGAUCCGCAGCUCAACUGGGUGUUGCUGAUGCUUGGGAAACUGUCACUGCAGCUUUGAUGUUCCCUGGCUGCUCGGUGACGGAGCAGAGCCUAUCUGACUCGUUGGAUCUCCUCUGUCGUCGGGGUCUGGGCCGGCUGCUCGGCGGCUGGCUGCUGGAGACUUUGCAGAUGCGUCUCUCCUCCUCGGUGGUUCCGGAAUUCUGGUCCGGACUCAAACAGCCAGAGAACGAGCUGGAGGAGCGAGGCAGGUCCUGGGUUCUCCUCACCGCCUUUCGGACUCUGAUGGGCAGACUGGAACCUUUUCUGGGUGGUUUGGAGAGGCUGGGCACGUGGCAGGACGAGGGCCAUGGGAGUCUCUGUGGCCCGGGGCCCAGGGGCCUCCAGGAGCGGGCCUUCACCAUCAUCAGGGCCCUCCUCCUCUUCUCCCCCUCCCCUGUUCUCCAGGAGCGAGUGCUGGAGUUUUACAGCAGGACCUUCUCUGUGUAUAUGAACCAGGAGGGGCAGGCCGAGGACGGGGCCGAGGUUCCAGACGGCCCAGAGGGAGGGGUCUGUCGGGGCUGCGGGGUCCCGACGCUGCAGUGCUGGUGUCAGGAGGCCCUGGAGCAGCUGCAGGAGCUCAGCCACGUACUUUCCAAACUGCAGCUGCUGGAGUGGGUCAGCUCCGAGGCCGUCACCUCCAUCCUGCACAAGCUCAUCGAGCAGCGGAUGGAGCAGCACUGCAGGGGAGAAUAUGAACGUUCUUUCCUGCUGGAGUUCCAGGAGUGGCUGGAGCUGGUGCUGGGCUGGCUGAGCAAAGUGUUCGCAAGUGAGGCAGAUGGAGACGGUCCCAGCGCUCCCAGUGCUCCCAGUGCUCCCAGUGCUCCCAGCGCUCCCAGCAUCCAGACCGGCCAGCCUGCCAGCUCCGUCCUGAAGCAGUGGAGGUGCCACAUGCACCAGUUCUUCUGCAGGAUCUACGUCAACAUGAGGAUCGAGGAGCUCUUCAGUAUUAUCAGAGAUUUCCCAGAAUCCAAAGCUGCCAUUGAAGAUCUGAAGUUUUGUCUGGAAAGAACCAACCAGAGACAGCAGCUCCUCACGUCACUCAAAUCUGCCUUCGAGAGCCGUCUGCUGCACCCAGGAGUUCACACAUCUGACAUCCUCACGGUUUACAUCUCGGCCAUCAAGGCCCUCAGAGAGCUGGACCCAUCCAUGGUCAUCCUGCAGGUCGCCUGCCAACCAAUCCGCAAGUACCUCAGGACUCGGGAGGACACCGUGAGGCAGAUCGUAGCCGGUCUGACCGGAGACGCUGAGGGCUGCACGGACCUGGCCUCCGAGCUGUCCAGAGGAGACCCGGUGACUCUGGAGAUGCAGGACAGCGACGAAGAAGGAAACGACCCGGAGGACUGGACCCCAGACCCGACCGACGCCGUCCCCGAUAAGAUGGGCUCGAAACGCCGUUCGUCAGACAUCAUCAGCCUGCUGGUCAGCAUCUACGGCAGCAAGGACAUCUUCAUCGAUGAGUACAGAGCCGUGUUGGCCGACAGACUGCUGCACCAGCUCAACUACAACACGGCCAGGGAAAUCCGGAACGUGGAGCUGCUGAAGCUCAGGUUCGGGGAGUCUCACAUGCAUUACUGCGAGGUCAUGCUGAAGGACAUGGCGGACUCUCGCAGGAUCAACAGCAACAUUCGCGAGGAGGAAUCGAGGCUGAGCGAGGAGGAGCAGCCGCCGCUCUCCCUGUCCUCCAUCAUCCUGUCCUCUGAGUUCUGGCCUCAGCUGAAGGAGGAGAAGCUGGAGCUCCCUCCGCUCGUCUGUCAGGCCAUGGAGGCCUACACACACCGCUACGAGAAACUCAAGGCCAUGAGGACGCUGAGCUGGAAGCCUCACCUGGGCUCGGUCACUCUGGACGUGGAGCUGGAGGACCGCACCCUCACCAACCUCACCGUCUCCCCCAUCCACGCUGCCAUCAUCCUGCACUUCCAGGAAAAAAAUUCUUGGACUCUGGAGGAGCUGAGCGUGAAGCUGGGCGCCCCGAAGGAGCUGGUGCACAGGAAGCUGGCUCUGUGGCAGCAGCACGGCGUGCUUAGGGAGGAGGCGGGAGGGCGCUACUACGUGGUGGAGACGGGCUCGUCCAAAGAGAAGAUGGAGAGAGGUGUGAUGCUGAUCGACAGCGAUGAGGAGAGAGACUCCAACACCACCACCCAGUCUGAGCAGAGGGAGGAGAAGCUGCAGUUGUUCUGGGCCUACAUCCAGGCCAUGCUGACCAACCUGGACAGCAUGACGCUGGACCGCAUCCACUCUAUGCUCCGCAUGUUUGUUGCCACGGGACCCGUUGUCACGGAGAUGGACGUCAACGAGCUGGAGGCCUUCUUGCAGAGGAAGGUCCGUGAGCAUCAGCUGAUGGUCUCUGCAGGCGUCUACAGACUCCCCAAAUCCAACUGAUGAAGGAGGCGCAGGAGAGCAAAACAAGGACGAACGACUCAGGUGUGACGCUGCAUUCAAGCGCUGUGGGAAAUUUGUAAAAUGCUGUUCUCCUCAGCAUUUUGGAAGGACUACUGCAAUUGCUAACUUCAGCUCAGAGUAAAUCACAGCUUGUUCUGCAGACAGACCCUGUUUUUCAAAUUAAUUCUGACGUCACCCAGAAGCUGAAAGCAGAAAGGAAAGCACCCCCGCCCUCUAAACAGCAGCACCAUGCUGAUGCUGCAGGUGUUGUGAAGGUCUCUGGUGUCAAACACUGAUGUAUUAUAAUUAUAAAAGCGCUUUAAUGUCUCGUGUGUUUGUCUGAACUGAGUUGCUGACAACUGAAACGUGUUGAGUUUCCUGUAAAAGCUCCAUCAUUGUUGGGGGCGGGGGGCACAAACCUAAAAGUCAUGGUUUGUAAGUCAACGUGUAAGAGUUGAGUCUUGACUUGUGUCCCAGGUUCUGAGUCCAAACCAAGAACUUGUCUAGUUUCUAAACUGAGCUGACAGGUUUUGACUCAGUGCUGGAAUAUAUCUACAUUUACUCACAUACUGGACUUGAGGUACUUUAUUUAAGUGUUUAAAUUUUACUCUAACUUUUACUUCACAAUUCAGAGGGAGAUAUAUUUUCUGACAUCUGGAGACACUUUUAUGCUUAAAAUAACAGUAAAAUGCUGUAAUUAAAUAUUUCUUCACGGAGAUUUUGUUGCUGUUACUUAAAGCAUCUAAAAGCUUCCAGCAGCUGGAAGAAACGUGGGAUUUUGGGCACAAUAAAUUCAGGAUUU